AGACGGUGCCAGAGCCCGGGGAAACCCGGGUCGGAGACUCACGCGCGGCGGGACAGUCUCGCGGAGUCUUGGGAUGUGAAGAGGGCGACGGCGGCGGCAGAGGUGGCAGCCGAGCCGGAAAAUGGCCAAGGAACGGUGUCUUAAAAAGUCCUUUCAGGAUAGUCUUGAAGACAUAAAGAAACGAAUGAAAGAGAAAAGGAAUAAAAACUUGUCACAGAUUGGCAAACGCAAGUCUUUUGUAGCUGCGCCAUGCCAGAUAACCAGCAACACUUCUACACUGCUGAAAAAUUACCAGGACAACAAUAGAAUGUUAGUUUUGGCUUUGGAAAGUGAAAAAUCCAAAGUGAGAGAAGCCCAAGAUAUCAUCCUACAGCUAAGAAAAGAAUGUUACUACCUCGCAUGUCAGCUAUAUGCCUUAAAAGAAAAAUUUACUUCACAUCAAACGGAAGAACCUGCUCAGAACCAGGAAAUAAGUCCCUCUGGAAUCGACUCCAAUGGCAAUGACAGCUCUGGGGAAUUAGCUUUGAAGAAUUUACUGCAAAUUCCUCUGCAGGAAGCUGACCUUCCAGGACAGGGAGAAUCAUUCCAAGUAGAAGAGCAGAUACCUGCUGUUCCUCAUGAAAGACUGAGAUUCGAUUUUGAUUCAGGUGAAGAUAAGUCUCCUGAUAACGCCUUACCUAGAACUGUAUCUGUCCGUCGAGGUUUAAAGAGACAUUUUAAUAAUCUAUGUCAGUUCGAUACCUUUGCUGACUUUGAAACCAGUCAUUUGCCAGGAGAAUCUUUUGAAUGGGAAAGAAUUAGAUUUGCAGACCCGCUAAUAAGUAUAAACAUACCUGAAAAUGCAGAAAAAGAUGUUUGUCAAUGGAACAAGGACAAAAUUAACUUAUCCCCAAAGCUGACUCACCCAGAAAGCCUUACUAUAACAAAAGAAGUCAUUUUAGAGUCUAAAUCUGAACAAACUAAAACUAAGAAUAGAAAUGCACAAAGAAGAAAAAGAGAAGAGAACAGAAAAGCUAACAGAAGGAGGAAAUCAAAGUCUAUAAAAAGAUGUAAAGGGGACAAAAGUGAAAAUAAAAAAACUGUUUGCCAAAAAAAUUUGGAUAAGUCUGUCAGUUCCAGUGAUGCUUAUAAUUUUAAUUUGGAAGAGGGCGUUCACCUCACUCCUUUCCGACAAAAUAUAGUAAGCAGUGAUUCUACAAGAAAAGAAAUCAACAGUGAGUCUGACGUGAGCAUCUGUGAGUCAAGUGAUUCAGGAGAUGAUUCCGAUGACUUCUAUUUGCCUCCUAAAAACGUUUGCAAGAACAUUCAAAAUCUUGACAUCAAAUCAGACAGGAGCCCAAUUACCAGGCGUCGAUCUAAAACAGGACCAAAAUGUACGGGUGAAAAAGAGAUGGAGGAUCCCAAGCCAACUGAAACUCCUACCAGCGCACCACUUAAAAAUCACCAGUCGCCGCGUCGUAGCCUGAAGGAUAUCACCAAUGUUUCCAUGACUCCUGUAAUAAGGAUCAGAAAACUUUCUCUUUCUCCAGAAAAGCAAAAAGGAAGCCCAGUAGCAUCUCUGCCUAAGCGUAGGUGCACUGUCAGCGUGAACUAUAAGGAACCCACGCUAUCUUCGAAACUAAGAAGAGGGGACCGUUUCACAGAUUUGUGUUUCUUGAAUUCUCCUGUUUUCAAGCAAAAAAGGGACGCCAGAUGCAGUUCUAAAAAAAAAAAAAGCAUUAAGCAAAUAAAAUGAAAUUUUUGUUAGAUGGCGUUGAAAUUUAUCCUACACUCCCUUCUGUUGCUUAUGAGAUAAUACAUAAGGUAGUACACCAGUGGAUUGAACUGUUGCCAUAGAAUAUUCUCUUGACAGGACUCUAGAUCAUGAAAAUUUCUUCAAAACUAUACUUAAAAUUUAAUAAAUUUAGGUUUUUUUUUUUUCUUUUAAAUAUAAAUAACUGGACUUUAGCACUAUAAUGGUUUAGAUUUCUUACACUGCCUAAAACCUUUAAUUUGUAGCCAAAAUGUGUCCUACUUGAGAAUUAAUGAUGAUUCUGGGUUAUUUAAAUUAAGGUGUUUAAAUUAAAAGCUUCGGCAUCCUUAUUUUUCCCUUAAGUAGGAGAUGCUAGAGUGAAUGAUUUUUUAAGACAGGUUGAGGAUCUUUUGAAAGUCCUUAUUAUAAUAUUUGAAUAAAGUAAAUUCUUCACAUUGACAGCAGGGUAUGCCCUAAGUUGUUUUUUGAUCCCUUAUGCCACUGUUGCAUUUAAUUUGUCAGAGAAAAUGUGUGUGAGAUUAUGAUUAGAGAAUUUAUGAUUAGGCUCAGGAAUUAUGUACGUGGCUAGCUUGGAACCCCCAGCUCUUAAGGGUGCAUUCAGAGUGAUGCCUCAGCAAAAUCACAUACUAUGUCGUGUACUUUCAGGAUAGCCCCUUAUUUAGUAAAAAACCUCAAAUGUUAAAAGGGCUUUUUGUAUUACCUUUGUAUGAAGUUUCUGAUGAACCAAAAAAGGGAAUUAGUUCAGUUCACUUUAUUUCUUCAAAUUUUUAAAGACCAAUAAAGUUUUGUAUAUGAUUGUGCUUAUGUUUUUUUGUCUCUCUGGGUGUCUGACUUUCUAGUUGCCACUGUCCUCAUCCUUGGACAUUUCUAUUUUGUUUUCCUCAGUAUUCUCUGUAGUCAGUGCCAUGAAACUCUCAGCUUCCCGUCCACAUUCUCAACCUAACCCUUCUUUCUUUCAAACUUUUCAUUGUGGAAUAUCCAGGUCCGUGAUCAACAAAUUCUGAUUUUACUGGGUGACCCUUCCAGUCCUGACCUCAAUUUUUCUCAACUGCAUCUCCGUAUCUUUAUGCAUUCCAUUUCACUCACACCCAAAAUCCUUUUCAUCAAAGUUUUUCUGUUUCCUAAAUCACUGAUUCAUAUACCCUACUCUCCCAUCACAGUCUCUCUUAUUCUUCCCGUUUGCUUGUUCAACUCCUCCUCUUAUACCUGUUUUUUUAAUUUGUGGAAACUCUAGAGUGGCCAUCUUGAUAUAAAUUAAUUACAAUGAAAUAAAAUUUAAAAUUCAACUCAGUGCCAGUAACCACAUUUCAAGUGCUCAAUAGCCACAUGUGGCUAGUGGUUACCAUAUUGGACAGUGUAGAUGUAGAACAUUUCCAUCAUCAUAGAAAGCUCAUUGGACUGCUGCAUGCUGUAGAUCAGCAGUCAGUUUUAAAUGGUUGAAAAAUAAUCGAAUACUUCUAACUGAUUUUGAUGAUAGCAAACAAGUCAUUUUGAACCCAAAUAAAUACCUACAUAAUAACUUUCAUUUUGCUUCUUGGCUUGUAAAGCAUAAAAUAGUUCCUUUCUGGGCCUUCACAGAAAAAGUUUGCCAACUCCUGCUCUAAAUCAUUGGUUUGUAGGUUAUUCUUUUCUGACACUUUCUGAUCAACUUUGAUCCUCACCUUCCUUUUGUCCUCAGAGUCAACCAUUAUCCUAAAUUUGGUGUUAAUGUUUUUGUAUAUUAAUGUUUUUGUAUUUCUGCUAUCGUAUCCAUACUGUUAUUAAUGUUUUUGCAUUUCUGCUAUCGUAUCCAUAGACCGUUAAGUGUUGCUUUGUAUUUUAACAUUUUACGCCAAUGUUAUAUUGUACAUAUCUCAUGGUAUCAGACUUAAUGUUGUUUUUGAGAUUUAUCCCAUGUUGGCUGAUGUAGAUUAUUUUCACCAUUGUAUUUUGUUUUGUAAAUAAACCAGAAUAAAUCUGUUCCUCUUUUGAAAGGCGAUUUGUUUCUACUUUUUCAUUAUUACAAAUUAGUGCUGCAGUGAACAUUCUGUAUCCAUGUAUACAGGUGCCUAAGUUUUCAUGGAGUUAAUAUCUAGAAGAGUUGCUCAGUUAUAGAGUAUAUUGAAACCUCAUUUUACUAUGGGUUACCAAAUCACUCUCUAAAGUGGCUGUACCAAUUCUGGCACGGGGAAUGUACCAUUUGCUUCACAGCAACAUAAAUCCCAGUCUCCCUACACGCUAUCCAUCACUUUGUGUUAUUGGACCCUAAAAUGGGCCAAACCAAUGAGUAUGAAGUGUUUCUCUUUGUUUUAAUUACUAAUGACACUAUCUAAUUAUAAGAAUUCAAGUAUUGGUCAUUCUCAUUCCAUAAAUGGAAUAGUCUUUGCCCACUUUUCUACUGAAAUGUCUUUUAAUAGUGAAGGUUUUUUUGAAGAGUAGGGAUCUACUUUUAUUUUUUUCCGUGAAGAUACCAGUUGUCUCAGCACAUUCAUUGAUUAAUCCUUUCCCCUCUGAUGAAUAUUGCUGCCUUUGACAUACACCAAGCUUUCCAUCGGUUUGUUUGGCUUUGUUCUGAGUACUGGAUUGUCACAAUUUUUUAAAUACACGGGUAGAAUUGAUUUGCUAAUAUUUAGGAAUUUUUAUGUCUAUGGUGAUAAGUAAACUUUGCCUAUAUCUUUUCUUACAUACACCUUGUACUUUUGGUAUCAAGGUUAUACUAGUCUCAUAAGUUGAGAAUCUUUUCUUCCAUGGGACAAAUUAUACUUACUGUUUGGUAGAACUGGCCAUUGAAACCAUCUUAUUCUGCUGUUGCUUGUCGAGGAAAUUGUAUAUAUUGUUACCAAUUUUGUUUUUUUUAUCACUUACUGAAGGAAGUGUAAUAAAAUCUUGCACAAUAAUUCCGAAUUUAUCGAUUUUAUUUUCCU